AUGUUCCUGCGCUCUAUCCUACUGGGUGCGGCUGCGCUCAGCAGCACCCGCGCCAUGCUGGUGGACCCCGUUACCGAGUCCAACAUCGAUGGGUUCGAGAUCAUCAACCCCAUGGAGCUCGAUGAAUUCAACCAUGCGUCCUUCGACCUGCCAUGCGCUGAAUGUCCUUUCCGCGAAUCCAAGGACCCUGCUGACUCGACACAAGGCUCACAACCCUCACUGACACUGGACUUCCUCGUGGACAACGAUCGCCUACUGGCCAACGGCCGCCAAAUUUUCCCACCGGCUCCUCCCACUCCCAUCCUUGCCGUUCAACAAAACGAAGAUGGCAAGCACUCUGACCCUGUGCCCGUCGGCUACGCGCUGGAAAUCAUGCCUGUGCCUCACAACCCGCACGACCAGCCUGGCUACGACUUGAUUGAUCUCCGCUUCACCGUUCUCGAUGUGGAGAAUCGCCCUGUUCCCGUUGACACCGUCGCCAUCAGCUUCAUCCAGACACCCACCGGCGAAAUCUUCAUUGGCCGCGCUGGAAUUGAAAAGACCACUCCGGUCGACAACCACACUUCCUGGAGAGACUGCCAAGGCAAAACCAAAUGCCUCCAGGAACUGCUGAUGGCUCGCAUUCGAGGCCUCCUCGCCUCUGCAAAGAACCGCGUCAUGGGAAUGGCCAAACCUGGCCGCAAGGGUUGCCACGGCAAGCACAAGGGCAUCCAGCCUGGCUUCGAGGCUGAGGAAUUUGGCCCUGGUGGGCCCCACGGCCAUCCACAUGGCUUCUCUGGCCACGGCCCUCGACCCCACCACCACCACGGACACCACGGUGCUUUCGCUCGCACAUUCUCUCGAGUUGUGCACUUCAUCGUUGUCCCCGCCAUCCUGGGUGUUCUGGCCGGCCUUACCGCCAGCGCCGUCGGCAUGCUGGUUGGCCAGGCCGUCGUUUUCCUCUGGCAACGCUACCGUGGUACCCAACCCGCGGAACACAAAGCCGCCUGGGAACAGGGCGAGGCCUGCGAAAAGCAGGGCCUGAUGGUCGAGUCCCGCUACUCUGAGGAAGUCCUCCCUGAAUACACUGAACCCUGUGAGCCCAGGGCGUCUGUCGAUAAGAACUAA